AUAUUUUAGAACGCGCCGAUUUCACAUAUCGGCUAACCCUAGCUUUACCCUUUUUCUUCGUCAACAUCCCAAAUUUCCCCCCUUUUUUAACCCGUUUUUUCUCUUUCGAUUCGAGAUUGAUUUCUUCUAUCCAUCAUCGAAUUACCAUUCCAUUUUUUCAAUUCUCUUUAUUCUCUUUCGAUCUAUAUCUUUCUCGCCUCUGGUCGUUGAGAUCUUCGAUUUUGAGGUUAGGGUUUCAAAUAUCAUCUUUUUCAACCAGAUCUGUUUAAUUCGGUGCUCGUUUUUGUAUAUACCAUAAAUUUACUGCCUGGGAAGCUGGGGAUCUUUCUUUUUUGUUGUUUUUAAGAAGACAAGAUUCGAUUUUUUUUUCCGGUAAAAUUUCUUUUGGGAAUUUGGGGAUUUUCGUUUCAAUCGCUGUAUUUUACCAGGAAUUCGUCAGAUCUAUAAAAUUAAGUUCGAUUGCGUUUUAAAGUUUGUGUUUUUUGAUUUUAAUUUGUGAUUUUCAAUUUGGGGAUCUAGGGUUAGGUUUUUUUUGUUAAUCUAUUUUUCCAAGAAAAAAAAUUUAGUUUUAAUUAAUUUUCUUAGGUUAAUCCAUUGAGAUUAGCUCUGAUUGAAAGAUCUGCUCUUCAAUUUGAAGAAGACGCCUCCAAUUUGAGAUAAUCAUGGUGCAAAAACGGCCAUUUGACCAGGAGUUGCAGGAGCUUUCAUCCAAGCAACCUAGGCAUGUAGAGCCUAGUGAUCAGCUAGAUUCUUUGGGGGUUUCUCAGGAACCAAUAGCUUUGAAGUCUCACUCAUCAGGUGAAGGUGAGGACACUCCACUGAAAAGCCAAUUCACACGUGAGGAGAAAUUUGAUAGUGCAUGUGCUGCUGAUGUUCGUAGCUCUGAGAGAGACAUAGAGCCAGGCAUUCCUGGUUCUGCUUCGAAUUCGUCCUGGGCCACUAGCAGCACCAGUGAAGAAGAUGUUAAGUCAGAGGGUCCUUAUCACAUUUUAGUGUCGCCUGAGCAUUACAAUCUUGACCUUCCAUCAUUUAGGAAUGUUUCUCGCUCAAAACUGAUAUAUUCUUCUCUUAUGAGAAGUCCUCCUCGAAAGUUGGUUCCUAUUGGUCCUGAUUACCAGGCAGAUUUACCAGAUUUUGUUGGACAUGAGAAGAAGAAAACCUGUUAUUCAGAGGAAACAUGUAAAGCAGAUAUUACUUCCCAAGCUUUGGAGUCGGAUAGCAAUGGCCAUCUUAAUGAUGAUGAUAGACUUGCUGGGACCUCUAUCAUUCCCAUGCCCAAACUGGAAUCUGCUGGAUACAAUGAUGAGAGUGUUGGAUCUGGGAGUGGAAGUGGUGAUUGUCUUUGUGAAGAUGCAGGUUCCAUUAGAUGCACUCGGCAACAUGUUUUUGAAGCAAGAGAAAAACUUAAAACAGUACUUGGGGAGGAGACCUUUGUCAAGCUGGGUUUUUAUGAUAUUGGUGAGGUAGUGGCAUUAAGGUGGAGUGAAGAAGAACAGGAAUUGUUCCAUGACAUUGUCUUUUCAAACCCCGCAUCAGUGGGUAAGAACUUCUGGAACCAUCUCAGCGUUGAGUUUCCUUCUCGGACUAUGAAGCAAAUAGUGAGUUACUACUUCAAUGUCUUCAUGUUGAGAAGGCGAGCCGAGCAGAAUAGGUUUGACCCCUUGAAUGUUGAUAGUGACAAUGAUGAAUGGCAAGCACCCGAGGAGUCUUCCGGUGAUGAAGCUAAAAUGACUGACGAAGAUGAAGACUCGGUUGUUGAAUCACCUGUUUAUCUUGAUGAUUAUGGCCGCAAUGAGAUCUACAGGUAUGAUGACAUCGGGCUCCCUGUCUGGGAAGAAUACAAGGAUAUUAGCAAUGAGACAAAUAAGGUUGUCAAUUAUGAAUCAGUAGGAUGCGCUGAUAAGGCAUUUGAGAAGUGCAGUUCUGAACCAACAGCAAGGAACGAGGACAGAGAUUUUCCAAAUGGUUUUGGUGAUGAAAAUGGCAAUUGUACUACUGUUACUCCAAAAGCACCACAUGUGAAGUCUGAUAUUGGUAAAGAUUGGUCACGAAGCUUUGUGGGUAUGGGCAGUGACAGUGGUCAUGAUUUUGUGUUGGAGCCCUGUAGUGGCAAGGAAUGGGAUGUCGGGUUCUUUAGCUGCCCUAAAAGCAAAGUUGACUUGUUGCCCACUUGCACUAUGAUUGAAGAAGUAUUCGGGGACAAGGACUGGAAUUACUCGAGUAGAGGAGAUGGCCAUGGGUCAAGCUAGUUUUUCAAUCUUGAUUCCUGCAAAGCGAAUCGACCUGGAGAUUACGUUUUUUGUCUAGGUUAGUUUCCAAUUUUUGCCACAUCCAAAGUGGUGAAAUAUGGAUUUUGUUUAUCCUGGAUGUAAGAUAUGAUGUUCUCCAAGAUGGGCAAUGACAUUUUUCAAGUUGUAUACUAGCCAUCUGUUUUGCUCCUCCUUAAACACCAGGUUGUCUGUUUGCUGUAGGGAGUUGAAGGUGGUAGGAUCCCCUCCUAGGUUUUUAUAUAUGUAUGUAUAUACAUAAAAGCAAUGUGACUCAAUUGAGCAUUAUCGCCAGAAAACAUGAAAAAAAGAAAACGAAAAGUUCAAAGAAUUUUCAAUCUAUGUUCUUUUUGUUUCUUCUGUAUACUCA